UGACUAUCACCACACCACUGUGCAGUCUGUGCUUGCUGCCUAACCUAUACAUCCACUAGAACCUUGGCGGCUUGGGUAAGGAACCUGGAGGUGAUUAGGGGGUUUUGCAAUGUCUUCGUGGCUAUGGAAACCAUGCGCCGUUGCGGAUGGCAUAUUGUCUGUUGUUAAGUGCUUCCCGGAACCUAGGCUGUGCAUUAUUUUCAGCUGCAUCGCAGUCCAUCCCGUAGCUUCGUUAGAGCUGGAGAAGCGAACAGACCCAGCUGAACCUGUUGCGUAAUUGUGGCGCUUGCCCUGCGACUACCCCUCAAAAAAUCGACCCCUCCAUGACGGGAUCAUCUUUUGGACUGCACAUCAGAGCUCCGUCACAUCAACACCUACGCUCCAGAUCCUUCUUCACACAGUUAUCUGUGCCUUUCAGCUACCUCUCCAUCCUCAAGCCCACCCUUGGUUGUCCGGACACCUACCGGUGGUUCCCUAGAUGACGUCGAUUCGGAUGAGCGGGGGCAGCAUGCUCCUGGUCUUCGCCUUGCUUCUCGUGGUAUUGCCUGGGAAAGCUGCAGCCUUUGGUGCUGGCAAUAUUCCGUCCAUUGCCCAAGUCGAGGGCCAAAAUUGGAGACAUGGAGAUAUCGAGGAUAUGCUGAAGACGCUCGCAUUCUUGCAUGGGAAGAAAUGGACCACCAUGAUGGUGGCGCGGACCUAUUUCGGCAACUGGCUGCGGGACUACUCUCAAGCCAUCGAUGUCGGCAGCGUGAAGGGCGUGAAUGCCGCCACCAUCAGGAUUCUGGUUUGGGUUCUCUCCUUCAUGGCCCAUGGCUACGCGACGGAAGAAUUCGAGGUCACCGAGGAACGCCUUGGUGUCUAUCGUCCUGAGGAGCACAUCGACAACCCUCGCGGCUAUGCUGACGGCGAAGACGCCCGGAAGUAUGAUCCCAGGUUGCGAGGGCCAGUUGACCCCAAAGAGCUCGAGAUUGACCCUCGCACCGGCAUGAAGAACUACAUCGCCAACGAAACCGGAACAUGGGCGACCAGUGCCGGCUACUUGCGCUUUGCCUUUGCUCGGAGCAUCCACUUCGGUCGUGUCUACACGCACGGGUCUGGUGGUACAUCCGGCAAGGAGGCAGAUCUCUGUGAAGCGCUGAGGUGCCUGGGCCAGGCUCUGCACUGCAUGGAAGACUUUAGUGCCCAUAGCAACUACUGCGAGCUAGCCCUGCUUGAGCUUGGCUACCAUCAGGUCUUCCCCCACUGCGGCUCCGCUACGCAGAUCAACGUGCAGGGCAAGAAGGUCUUCCCCCUCGUCACUGGCACAUUCGGAGCCGUCGACUUCCUGCACUCGGUCCUAGGUGAGGCCACCGACCAUUUCACCCAGUCCGAAGUCGACGAGGUGAACAUCGCCCUCAAGAAUGCCGAGCAGCUCAAUAAGUCGGGUGGCCCGACUGCCGGCGGUGACCGCGGUCUCUUUGGCUCCGGCUCGGGAGGCGGUGGUCAGGAUUUCAUCUCCCUGAUCGGCCAGCUCCCAGGCAUUGGCGGCGACUUUGCUUCGCAGGCGAGAAGCCUUCAGGCAGCGUCGGCUACACAGGAGCAGGAGAACCUCACUCGAGACAACACAAACCAGGUUCCGGGCAUGAGCGCCAGCUUCGACCCUGUCAAGGUCUCCAAGCAGAUCUACCCUAUCCUCCUGUUCAGAGACAAAAUCGUGAAAGGGAUCAACGGUAUUAUCGCCAAGAUUCCUGGACUCGAGAAGCUAAUCGAGCACAUCAGCGAGACACUGACAGCCUUUGUUCUCGGCCUGCUUGCCCCCUUCGUGAGGCCCAUCAUCAACCAGGUCUCCAAGGCCUUGAAGGAAGGCUCAUCGGGAGUCAUCAAAACCAGCGCUGACUCUCAGUACGAACCUUGGACGGAUCCCCACUGCACCAACCCCACGCACUCGAUGCUUUCCAAGGACCACUUCACCAACAUCCUCAACUCCUGUGGCGGGCGAAUUGCCGCAACCAUAUUGCAAUACGUUGUCCCCCGCGUCAUCUUCGCCUGGGAGAACCCGGGCGUCCCCGUCGAUGAGGUCGUCAACGACGUGCUGCGGGCCUUCCAUCACCCGGCCCUGCGCGACGAGCGCAUCACGAUCCAGCAGGACAUGUUCAACACGGUGCGCAAGUGGGCGCAGGAGACGAAGUACUCGUCCCGGCUCAACCAGAUCCUGUCGUCCGAGUCCGUCAAGGCCGGCAAGAACCACCUGCUCCAGGGCGAGAAGGUGGGCGGGGGCCACGGCCACUCGCACGGCCAGGGCGGCCACUCGCACGGCACCUUUGGCGGCAUCCAGGACGCCUUCGGCCAGCUCGGCCACGGCAAGGUGGCCGGCUCGCUGUGGUCCCAGGUCCAGACCCGCGACCUGUCCGCCAUGGGCGGUGGCGACGGCAACCCCUCGGCCAACUACAUGUCCGCCUCCCCAGCGCCCCCCGCCGCCGCCUCCCACGGCCGCCCCUCCUCCGAGUCCGGCUACGGCUACGGCGGCUCCGGCAGCCAGGCCCCGCCGUCGCAGGCGCCACCCCCAGGCGGCUACGCCCAGCAGUACCUAAACCCGCCGCAGGGGGCCCCCACGUAUGGCGGCGCGCCACCGCCGCCGCAGCAGUCGCCGUACGGAGGCGGCGGGUAUGCCGGCCAGCACCAGCAGCCGCCCCCACAGGGCGGGUAUUGGGCGCCCGGGCCGCCUCCCCCUCAGGGGUACGGCGGCGGGCCGGGGUACGGGCAGCAGCCGCAGUAUCCGCCGCAGCCACCGCCGGGACAGCAGUCGUGGGGCCAGUACCCCGGCCAGCAUCAGCGGUACUGAGUUGGGAGGGGAAGCCCCCUUGUAUCUCCCUUAGGAGAAAUGGAGACGGCAUAAGCAUAGUUAGGUACCGAGUAGGUAGGUAGGUAGGCAUAGGGUGCGGGUUCCGAACUGGGGGGAGGGGUUUGGGGUUUUACCUAUCUAAAUGGGGUGUGGCGCGGUUCAUGUAUCAGACAAUAAAAAGAAGAAAAGAAGCGGGGGAGGGUCAUUGGCGGUUGGUAUUUUGACACUCGUAGACUAGGUAGCCAACCAUGCUCAUUGCUAUUAUAUUCGACAACGCCAUAACCAUGCGGAUAUCGUGCCCCAUGA